GCAGAGGUUCAGGACUGCCACCAGUUAUUCCUGAAACCAACGAACUCAACAUGAACACAAAGGUUUUCAUCCUUUUCGCCCUGGUGGCUGUUGUUGCUGCAGACAAGCUGGAAUCGUUCGAGUCUGGAGAGGCCAGGUAUGAGUUCGACUGGGCUGUCAACCACGACGACUCCGACAACGACUUCGGACACCAGGAGGCUCGCAACAACGACAACACUCAGGGAUCCUACUACGUGCAGCUCCCCGACGGCCGCCUGCAGACCGUGAGGUACGUCGUGGACGGCGACGACGGCUACGUGGCUGAGGUCAACUACGAGGGCGAGGCUCGUUACCCCGACUCCAAUGAAUCAAAAUAAUUUGACUCCUGCGUUCCAUUAUGGAUCGGCUGAUGAAUUAUGAAUCUUCUGAUGACGAACUUAUGUAUCUGUAUAUAUAUUUAUCAUGACUUUUGAAUAAACUCUAUGAUCAUAUAA